UCCCAAAAGAAAGAAGCUGUUCUGAGCUGCGUGAAACUGCGUAAUCCCUGCCUCACUUCCUGCACAAAAGCUCUUCACAAGCCUGCGUGUGUCUAUCAAAUUUGCAUCAUGCGCGCCUAUGGUUUUCAUUGGCUGUCCGCGAGCAACGUGUGCUUUGACCCGCCCUCAAACGCUGUAGUUGUAGCUGAGGCCCGGCAGAGUUUAGUUCGUUCGUGUUGUUACCAUGUCUAGAAGGCGCUGUUUUCUGCGCUGCGAAAGCAAAUCCUCUUUGCAUUUACUCCCAAAGCACGAGGAAGUGAAGAGUCAGUGGUUAAAGUUCAUUUUUACAGUGACACCACGGCAGUAUAUCACCAAUAACCUUUUGUUGUGCUCUCGUCAUUUUACGGACGGCUGCUUCUUAAAUCUUGGUGAGGUCAACGCGGGAUUUGCUAAACGCUUAUUUAUUAAAGAUGGGGCAGUGCCCACUUUAUUCGGACCUUCUCGCGCUUCAGGAUCACAACUUGGCAAUUCUGGAAAAAGUGGGCUCGCUGGGGAAGGUGACACUGUUGCAAGACCCCUCAAAACAUGGCACAGUUUAAAAGAUUCCAAGUGUCCAGGGUCAUGUGAGGGUGUGAGUCGUGGGAAACCCACUGCUGCAAUGUGCUUUACUUUGUUUGCGACACACGCUCAAACGUCUGCGACAUUUGAUCUUCUGCAUUCUACUGCGGGUCCCAAGAAAAUUACUACAAAUGAUGUUACAGCAAGUUGUGAUGAAGAUCUUGAUAUUUGUGACCUGGACAGUGUGGCCAGCAGUGUGGACAGCACCGCAGAGGAGAUGUUUAUUGAUGGUCUUGACCCUGUUCUAGAUGGGCCUUCACAUGACAUAUACCCACCAGAAGAGGACUACGAUUCAGAGCCUUCACAUGACAUAUACCCACCAGAGGAGGACUGCGAUUCAGAGCCCACCCCUCAGCAGAGAAAGAGAUCACGUCUGUCUUCCACAUCUUCUACUACUGGAAGAAAUGGCAGGGAAAGUGAAAACGAUGGUUCAUCUGGAAUUUCAAAUGAAAAGUGGCAUAGCUCAGAUGAUGCAGAUAUUAAGCCACCCCAUCUAGACUUCACACCUGUCCAAGAACCUGGGCCACAGAUUUUACCAACUAGGUGCACUACUGCUCUACAAUUUUUUCAAUUGCUGUUUCCAAAAAAAAUGUGGCAGACCAUUGUAGUCCACACUAAUGACUAUGGAGCAAAGUGCCAAGGGAGAAAGGGCAAAGUGUGGGACUACAUUUGUCAUAAAGACUUGAAGUCAUACAUAGCACUGGUAAUUUACAUGGGUAUGUUCAGGUGCUCUUCAUUGACAGAUUAUUGGAGUGUGUCUGAGCACUUCAGUCUGUCCUUUCCAGCAAAAAUCAUGUCUUACAAGAAAUUUCUGUCAAUCUCCAAAGCCCUUCAUCUAAGUGAUAGCAAGGAGGAUGAGAAGAACAGCUUUAGGAAGGGAACAGCAGCCUAUGAACGGUUAGGUAAAAUUCAACCUCUGUAUCAAGUCAUUAGGGAGGCCUGCAAGACCUUUUUUCAUCCUUAUCAGAACAUCACCAUCCUUGAAAGAAUGGUCACAUCGCAGGAUAGAACUGUACUGAAGCGCUGCGUGAAAAACAAAUCCCCAAAUAUGGGGUACAAACUCUUUGCACUGACAGACUGCACCUGUGGCUAUACGUGGGACUUCUUUAUUUACGAGGGGAAGUCAUGUGCGUCACAGAAUGUGGGCCUGAGCUAUGAGUCUGUUAUGGCAUUGGUGGAUGAAAAUAUGUUGGGCUCUGGGUACAAAUUGUUUGUGGACAAAUUUUACACCAGCCCCACACUCUUCAGGGACCUCUUGUAUAAAAAGAUCUGGGCUUGUGGCCCCAUUUGGGCAAACAGGACAGGUUUCCCAAAAACAGUUGUGAACAGAUUGUCAAAGAACGCUCCACGUGGCACCAUGCGCUGGAUCAGGGAUGGCAGUCUUCUGUUUGUUGAGUGGAAAGACUCCCAGGAAGUCCAGAUGUGCUCCACCUUCCAUAAAGCUUAUGAAGGUGAUACUGUGCCGAGAAAGAUGAAGGACGAUGCACUUCGGACCCUGAAGGAGGUUCCCAUUCCAGCUGUGGUGCUGGACUACAACAGGAACAUGGAAGUAGUUGAUUCAUCAGAUCGCAUUACUGGACAUUACCGAGCUCUGCUUAAACCGGGAAAGUGGUAUCAAUGUGUGUUUUACCACUUUUUGGACAUCAUUGUAGAGAACGCAUUCAUCAUGCAGGAGCUAAUGGCCAAGGGAAAGAACAAGAAGCUUUUGACCAGAAAGGCAUUCCUGGAGGCGCUUAUUUUAGAGCUUACAGAAAUGUGUCCUCAGGUCUAAGCACCGGUUCCCUCAGCUCCCUCUUCUUCCGGGUCCUCCUCGGCAGUUCCUGCUAUAUUCCACAAGGCAAAGCACAUAACAGUGAACAGCAGUGGCAGGCGGAAGUGCAGGCUCUGCUGCCAGAAAACACCAGUCACGUGCAAGACUUAUGACGUGAUGUGAUUUCAGCCCAAGAGGGACCGACAUGAGAGGCUUUUGAUUUAUGGCUUCAGUAUAUGUAACAGUGUUUUGUUUUGUCCCACCCCCCACUGUUCAUUCAUGGUGCAUUCAUUCAAAAAAUUAUCAGAAUAUGUAAAUUAAAUGUAAUUUACAUUGUAAAGUGGAAUAAAUGGUUUU